GAUAUAAUCGCCUACCACCGUAGAUAGAAUCCUCUUUUCAGAACUUUAAGAUAUUAGAAGUAAAACAUAGAAAUGGCGGAGAAAAGAAGAAAAACCUUUAGUGAUUCAAAAAGUUGUAGUUUAGACAGUGCGAAUAUUGAGAGAUCACAACUCUCAAUUGAGGAAUACAACAGGCUUAGGGACCGAAGUACAGCUUCUUGGCUGAAGAAAAGUACAGAAAAGUUAACUAGAUUACCAGAGUACAUGGUCAGAACUGGAAGCUUAAAGAAUAGGAAGAUUUUCAACGAAAAUUCUAGAUUAUCAGCCUUAUUCACCAGAGGAUCUACUGAUAAUUUAGUCCGUUUCCACUCCUUAAAGCUACCUGCGGAUUCAAGUAGGAAGGAAGGAAGGGAUACAACAGAACUAAUUUCACAAAAGUUUACUGGGAAAAGAGAAGAAAGUGAUUUAAACGCAAACAGUAUUUGUGACUCGUACAUAACUGAGUGUACAAGUGAUAUAAGUAAAGCUGCAGUACACAGAACUUGUCCUGAUGAUAUUGUACUGUCUACCCAAUCUCCUAGCUAUGUACUGCAGACUGGUUGCUAUUUAUGGGCGGGAGGGGUUUACCACAGAGACAGCUAUAUAAUGCAACGAAGAGAGGCUUCCACGAAAACUAGAAGAAGGAAUGCAAGUGUGCGUGAGUGUUCAGUAAAGGCUGAUGACGAUAGGUCGGCUAAACUAGAAAGUGAAAGCAAGGCAAAAAGAUAUUCUGGUGAUCUAGGCCGACCACCUGUAUACCCACCAAGAAAAGAAUCACUCAAAUCUGAUCAACAAAAAUAUAAAGAGAAAAUAUAUGGAGAAUUAGCCGAAGCAAUUUACGAGAUACCUUCAGAUUGUUUUAACACUAGAGAGAACCAAUACGAGAUCCCAUACUUUCCUCAGGACCAGAAUCCAAGGUUACCUGACUUGGAAGAAUUCAGAAAAAGUGUGGAUUCAGUUUACUGGGAUAUGGGAAAGCCAGCAACAGAAUCCAGAAUUUUUGAAGCAAGACAAACAGAAAUGCAUCCAAGCAGCCAUCGAGACUUUCAAACAAACCAUCCCCAGGUUCAAGAGCCAGUUAAAAAAACAAAAGAAAACAUAGAACAAUCUCAAUUAGAAAACUCGGCCCAUUCUGGUGUUAAGAGGGAUGAAAAACUUUUACUCGGAAAGCAAAAAGAAAACUUGUGCAAGCUUUCAAAUUUGAAGGAAAACCAUAAAGAGAACAUGUUCAAUUUACAACACCAACAAGAAGAAAACUCCAAAUCAUCCAAUUCAUCAGAUAAACAAGUAAACUCCUAUUCAUUGGACAGACGAGGGGAACAUUUCUCGAAUUUAUGGAGAAAAGAAGAAAACUCGACGAAUUUACCGAUCAAACAAACAGAAAACAAAUUAUCAAAGUUUACCGAAAAUGAAAGAAGUAUUCUUGAUGAUCAAGUUUAUCAAGAUAUUGAUCUAGAGACAAAAUCAGGAUGGAGUGCGGGAGAGAUACUCCAGGUAGAAAAGAAACAGGCUGACCUCCAUCCAAAGAAAGACAGUGACACAGAAAGAGAAGGAGGAAGAAGAGAAGAUACGCAUGAUGAUGGGAAAGCAAGAGGAGGAAAUUAUGUACCUGGAGAAAUGAAAAUAUUUCAAGAAUUUAGAUUUAAACGCAUGCUAGAGUAUAAGGAACCUCCUCCUUAUUCAGAAACAGACAAACAGAUGAUACCUGAUAGACAAACACGGAUCUUAAACGGAUCUACAGGGUUUUCAGACAUUAGAGGUUCCAAUUUAAAAUCUAGAAUGAGGAAGAGAAUCGAGGAUUUAGAAAAUGAAAAGAAGAAUGUUGAGCUGAAGACUAUAGAAAAUGAAAGAUUAGGAUCCCAGCUAUCUACGCAGUUUCAACUCUACGCAGAUACAAAAGAAAUCAAACAAUUUAGUGUUCAUAUUCAGGAACUAGGGUCUGUAUCCUGUCUUAUACUAGGAUUAGUGUGUCGGUUGGCCAAGGUGGAAAGCACAUUAAAGGAAUCAAAUUUCUCCGAUAAUUUGGAGGAAUUUCAAGUCAGAGAACGAAGAGAUAGAAUAUUCCAGCAAUUAGAAGAGGCUAGAUGGAUAAAAAGAAGCAUUGAUAAGCGAUCUAACAGAGUUGAAUGCUGUGUAGAGAAAUAUUUAGGUUAUGAAGGAUUGCUCUCUUACCAGGAAUAUAUAAGAUGGAAACUGGAUUAUCUCACGGAAACAAGAGAAUUAGAAGAUAAACUUGAACUCAGUAGGAGAGAACUCAGAAGAAUAGAUGUCUUUUAGAGUUGAGAGAAUAAAUGUUUUCAAGAGUUGAGAGAGAA